UAUGUAUGUAUUGUUCAUUCUUCUAGACGAACUAUAAUUAAACAAAUCCAUGCAUUAAAUACAAUCCAAAGUGUGAACUUUAGACUUAUUUAAUGGAAAAAUAUCAUUCGUCAACAAUAUUAGUAGUUUGUAACAUUAUUUGGUAUUGAAUUUAACGAAAAUUUUUUGUUUAUAUUACCUAGAACUUUUUUCUGUCUUCCAAAAGUAUGGCCACAUUUCCUUUAGAAAUGAAAAUAUUGUAAGUUUAUGUGUGACAGAUGUAAUAAGUACUGUGUGUGGGCGUAUGAUAUGUCAUAAAACUUGAUUAACAUAUUUCGAAGUGUGAACAUAAUAUCAUCGCCGGUUUAUUUUUUUAAUGUUUCCUUGAGUAUUAAUAUUUUUUAUUUUAGUCAUAUAGAGUGAGUUAUGACAAACAAAUAUAAAUUCCUGUGAAAACACGGACAUGUAAUAACUUUUAUAUUGGUCGUGGGAAGAUUUGAUACAGUUUUAUAAUUAUGGAGGAUUCAAUGCAAGCACAAAAAUGGCAACAGCAUUUAUCUUUACUGCGUGAACAAUAUGUUAAUUUAUAUAAUUCAAAUAUAGAACUUCAACGUGAAUAUGCUAUUGCCACUGCAGAUAAGAAGGAAUCUGGAUUUAUUGGGAAACUCUUGACAAUUAUAGCAUCCUUACAUGGCCAACAUCGUUAUAGUGAUGUUACUGUUAAAUUAAUGGGUCAGGAAAUACCAGCUCAUAAAUUUAUAUUGUCGGCAAGGACAGAUUUUUUCAGCGAUUCGGUACUUGCUGAAGUAGAUACUUUAGAUUGGACUGACUUGGACACAAAUAUUGGAUUAGUACUUUUAAAAUGGAUUUAUACAGGAAAAGUAUCUCAAGAAAAUUUAACGUUGGACCUAAUGAAAGCAGCAUCUAAUUUUCAGUUGGUAGAAUUAGUUGAGCAAUGCGAAAGAUAUUUAAUUGGAAUUGUAGGACUUAAGGAUUGUGUACAAUUAUAUGCAGCUGCUGAAGAAUUGGGGACUCAAAAGUUAAAAGAACAUUGUAGUUCUUUGAUUUCAGCUCACUGGGAAGAUUUAACUGGAGAAGAUUUUAAAGAAAUGCCUGGUUCCUUGUUGUACAAGUUAUUACAAACAAAAAGUAAAUAUCCACUACAUGCUGCUGUCCGGUUGAUGAGAGAAGAUGUGGUUUUUUUAUAUUUAGUGGAAAACAAUUCAGGGUUAUUGAAAGCUGUAAACGCUCUUGAUAAUAAGGGGGAAACACCACUAGAAGUUGCAUUAAAAACACGUCAGCCAUCUUUAGCUCGUACUUUAGUUGGACAUGGGGCUGACUUAAGUGCAAAAGAUUCAAGAGGAUUUUCUUUACUGCAAGCUGCUAUUUUUAAAGGAGAUUCCUAUUCCGCAGAAUUUAUAAUAGAACAGUUAGAAAGUAAUGGUAAUGCGCAACAGUUACGUGAACCUGUCAAGAUUACAAGAAGCACAAGGGAUAUAAACAAUCCUGAGGAUCUUGAAGGAUGUACUGCUUUGCAUUUAGUAACAAAACAUAACUCGGAAGAUAUGACAGCUGUAGGAUCUAAAUUACUUCAAGCUGGCAUUGAUCCCAAUUUACAGAACCAGAAAGGAUGGACUGCCUUACAUAGCUGUGUUUGGGAUAAGAACAAACCACUUUUUGAUAUUUUAUUAGAAUGUGAAAGUAUAAAUUUAGAUAAAACUACCAAUGACAACGAUACUCCAUUGUGUCUAGCAAUGAAAGCAGAACCGUUCUGUGAAUCCUUUGCUAAGAAGCUCCUAGCUAAGGGUGCAACUCCCAAUCCUGUGUACAGAGAUACUGAAGAUACCUUGUUACACGUUUUAACUAAAGAAAGUAAAGAAGAAGCAGCAUUGUUUUUACUUGAUUAUUGCAAAGAUAAUUUAAUGAAAAAAAAUAAUGAGGGAUAUUCUGUCUUACACGAAGCUUGCAAAAUCGGCUUAAAGAAUUUAACUAGGACUUUAUUAAAGAAUGGUUUUCCAUUAGAUGAAGUAACAUUAUAUACUGGAGAUGCGCCGUUACAUUUUGCUGUUUCGAAUUUAUAUUUUGAUAUUAUAGUAGAAUUAUUGAACACUCCCAAUUCAAGUGCUCAAUUAAAUCUAACGAAUAAUGCAAAUGAAACGCCUUUAAGCUUGGCUAUAAAAGUUCCAUUUAAGAAAGGUAAAGAUAUUGUUUUGGCUUUAAUAAAAGCAGGAGCAAAUAUCAACCAAUGCAAUGAAGAAGGUUUGACACUGUUGCAUCAAGCAAUAUUAAAGGAGGAUUCAGCAACAGCUAUCUUUUUACUAGAAAAUGGAGCAGACAUGAAUGCUAGAACUGCAAAUGGAGACACGCCAUUGCAACUGUCUGUACAUUGUAGACUAGGUGAAGUUGUAGAAGCACUUUGUAAAAGAGGUGUAGAUACUUCUGUAGGGUGUCCCCUAUGGGAUGCGUUAGAUUCAGAUCAAGAGGAUAUAGCAUCUAUCUUAGUUAAAUAUGGAGCUGAUACUGAUUGCUGGAGUACUGGACCAGACAGUUGUCAACAAACACUAUUACAUAAAGCAAUCGACGAAAAUAAAGAAGAUAUUGCACAAUUCCUUAUAAGAAGUGGCUGUGACUUAAAUGCACCAAGGAGACCUGGCUCAGAUGGUUCAGGUGGUGAUGAAGCACGAGAUGAAUGUAGUCCGUUACAUUUGUGCUGUCAAUGGGGUUUAGAACAAGUUGUUCAGACUCUUAUUGAACAUGGCGCAGAUGUGAAUGCCCGAGAUGCAGAAGGAAAAACCCCAGUUCAUGUUGCUAUACAAAAUCAACAUUCGCAAAUUAUUUCUUUGAUGCUUUGCCAUCCUAAUAUAGAUUUGAAUAAGAGAGAUAAGAAAGGUUUAACGCCAUUUGCAACAGCUUUAACAUUCAGAAAUAAUAAGGCAGCCCAAGCAAUAUUAGAACGAUUACCUAAAGCCGCUGAACAAUACGACAAUAAAGGCAGAAAUUUUUUACAUACUGCUAUUCAGAAGAAUGAUAUGGAAAGCAUACUUUUCUUACUAUCUAUACAGGUAGACGUGAAUUCUAGAGUUCAUGAUGUCACUCAAACUCCACCUUUACAUCUUGCUGCAAUCUCUGGAAAUGAAAUGUUAGUACGGAGUUUAAUUUUAGCUGGUGCGCGUGUUAAUGACACUGAUGCAAAUAGGAACACUGCAUUACAUGCUACAGCGAAAGCAGGUCAUGCUGCAGUUGUGUCUGCUUUACUGCAGAAUAAUAUUAAUUUUGAUGCAGUAAAUGCAGAUGGUGAUAACGCUCUGCAUGUAGCUGUAAGAGAAGGACAUAUAUCAGUAGUAAGAACACUUUUGACUGAAUGUACAUUAGAUGCGGAAGCAGUAAAUCUUAAGGGAAGAAAUCCCUUGCAUGAAUUAGCUCGAUGUGGGAAGGAUAAUGCUGCAACUAUAUGCGAAUUUUUUUUGGAAUGUAUGUCAGCAUAUCCAAUAAAUAAAACAGAUUUAGAAGGCAAUACUCCAUUAUUGAUUGCCUAUAUGAAAGGCAAUGGCCAGCUUUGUCGUACAUUGGUAAAAGCUGGUGCAUGUUUGGGUUCUAUGAAUAAGGAAGGAAUUACAAUUUUUAACUAUCAGGUUGCAACUAAACAAUUAUUAUAUAGACUGUUGGAUUCCUUAACAAAAGAGGUACCAUGGGCAGAUAAAGAUCUAUGCUUGGAAUGUGGUACAAAAUUUUCUAUCACAAUGCGAAAGCAUCACUGCCGCCACUGUGGUCGAAUUUUGUGCAAUAAAUGUUCUGAUCAAGAUGUUCCAAUUGUAAAAUUUGGAUUGAAUAAACCAGUGCGUGUUUGUGCAGUAUGUUUUGAUGUAUUACAAGUAGGUGCUGAAUGAGAAAAGACUUAAAUAAUAAAAGCAUUCAUAUGUAAAUAAAAUAAACGUCAUUCCAUAAGCACUCUCAUAGAAAGUAUAGGAAGUCUGUAUUGUAUGAGUCUAUGUCAGCCACAUUAUAUAUUAUAUAUACUUCAUUUAUAUAUGUAUUAUAUAA